AUGGCGCUGACUGAUUAUCAGCGUGAAAAAUGCAUAAAAUUAAUAGAUACUCUUGUUACAUGGGAGGUAUGCCAUCCAUUUGUUAAGAUGGUAGAUCCUGAGCUUGAUGGUGCUCCAGAAUAUUUCACUUACGUUAAAGAACCAACAUCAUUAACAAAUAUCAAAGAAAAAUUAACAAAUAAUCAAUACAAAGAUAUAGACGCAUUAAAACACGAUGUUGAUUUGAUUUAUCUCAACUCAAAAACAUACAAUGGCGAAGAAGCUUAUUAUACAUUGAUGGCUUUUGAAGCAAGAAAUUGGUUUUUCAAGAAAAUAGAGCAUUUACCUAGUACAGUCGAAGAAGAUUGGCUAUAUAAAAUUAAUAAACUCACAGCCAAAUUUUAUGAUGCAAUUUGUCAUCCGCCUUCCGAUUUAGAUACAUCAACCAAACCACCUAUGGUUGAAGUCAAACAAGAAUCUCCACAACCUUACCAUGCAAAAGGCAAAGGAAAAGGCAAAACACAAGGAAAAACUAUAUCUUUUAUCUAA